AUGGAUGACAACUACCGACAGACGCUUGGCUUGUUAAACAAAGCCUUAAGAAAAGAUAACAAAUCGCUGAAGAAUCGAAUACAGAGCAUACUUCUAGAUAACACGUUUUUGGAAAAGGAGGUCAUCCCUGUAUUCCCCAGGUUUCCGAUUAUUCCAAAUGAAAGGUGUGGUGUAUGGUAUUGCAACCCGGAGACGUUCAAACAGACAAGUUAUUUCAAAUCCACAGAUGGCCACACAAAUCAAUGGGAUUUCAGUCUCCGAAGACUCAAUCUGCAUUUGCUGCCUACUAUCUCCCAUAAUGGUGGCCUUAUUAUUGUUGACAGUACCAGACGAGGCAAAAGAAUGCCGGACGCACUCAGUAAAACGGUGCCACUUUGGUGUGCGGUGUUAAAUAGCCUCAUGCUCGAGCACUUAGGCAGAAGAAAUGAGCAAGUUCUUUUUUGCCCGCCGAAUACAGUCUCCAGGCAAGAGUGCGCUCAAAUGGAGGCGAAGAUCCCACAACUUGUGGAGAAAUUUAGGGCUCUUAAAGUCAUCAGCGGCGCGGAACUUGCACGCGCCCUUGGAAAUAAAAUUUUGCGCCCUCUUUGGGUUUAUCCAGGCUCAUCGUUGCUUCACUCUCAGCGUGAUGUCUUUACGGGAGAGUUAAGUUCAUCUACGUGGGAAGCCCCAGAAGCUGCUGGUUUCAUUCCGCUGGUUUUAUGCACAGUCAGCUACCAAUGCCAGGAUGGCGUCGAUAAUCGCAAUGGGUUCAUCUACGUGCAAGGAGCUGCUGAUGAUCAUGAACUCUGGUCGAAAGGUCUGACGGCGAGCUUACUGUGGAGAUCUGUGGAAGUAUUCAGAGACCCCCAACUGAGCGACGAAGUGCUUGAAGGAUGCGUUGUCAGCCAACUAAAUGCCGACAAAACACUUAUGCACUCGCACCAUGAUCUCACCAAACUAGUGGUGACAGACGCUUUAACGAAUAACUUACAUCUGGGAAAAAUUAGCGCGAACAUAGAGCUCACCAAAGCUUUUCAGGAACAAUUAUUAGCAUCAUAUUCUCUUGUUGUAAUACUGAGCGAAACUGUCGAAUUGGCACAGCCUACGGGCACCGAGGAGCCCAGCCCGAAUAUAAGAGUUAUCCAGCUUUCCAGUGGCUCAAAGAAAAGCUCUAAAGCUCUACGCGUCCAGCUUAUAACGCUAUGUCCAUUGAUAGAAUCAUACUUGCGCGAAGCUUUACCUGUUCUAGUUUGCUGCAAUGAUGGGAAAGAUAUGUCAGUCUGCGUCCUUCUUAGCGUACUUUGCAGAAAUUACGACGCAGAGGAUUGGAAACUUGGCCAACCAAUUAGCAUACAUAAGACAAUCAUCAGAAAGCAUCUUUCGCGGAUGAUUGCAAAGGUCGAUGGGAGGAAUAUCAAUCCAGCAAGGGCAUCGCUGAAUAGUGUGAACUCGUAUCUGAUGCAAUGA